CAGAGACUCAAAGGUGUUUUCUGCCUGAUGAGUGGAAGAGCAUGCAACACUAUGGCUGGCGAUACACAUUAUUGUUGCUCUAUUUUGAUGUUGUCGUGGAUUUUCUGAAGAACACUGGACUCUCUGAUGUCCACUGAGAUGUGUCCUUUGUUAUAAGCAGCUGAGACUGAGACAGGACAGUCAUGAGUGCUGACACAGCUAACAGGGUGGAUCCGGACCCUGAUUAUCAUGCUGAACUGUCCGACAUGGUAGCGGCCAUGAACAGAAUGACCCCUCCAAAUGGAUUCAGGACCACCCCACAUCGCCUCAAUCUCUCAGAUCGCAAGAUGUCUCUGCAGGAGCGGUCGAGUUCUCAGAAUGGCUUCACCCCACGAAUAGCCAGAAGACCCACUAUUGAAUCGAAGCGGGUGUCUAUCUCUGAUGGUGAUGACUGUGUCCAGCUAAACCAGUACAAGUUAAAGAGUGAGAUAGGAAAGGGUUCAUAUGGGGUGGUCAAGUUAGCAUAUAAUGAAGAUGAUGACCAGUAUUAUGCUAUGAAGCUGGUAUCCAAAAAGAGGUUAAUAAAGCAGUUUGGAUUCCCACGGCGACGUCCUUCCAGAGACUCCACUGGCUCACAAGAGAAUCUUUUAAAGCAUUCUGGCCUGUUGGACCAAGUAUAUAAAGAAGUCGCUAUUUUGAAGAAACUUGACCAUCUUAAUGUUGUUAAAUUAGUUGAGGUUCUCGAUGACCCGGCUGAGGAUAACUUGCACAUGGUCUUUGAGUUGGUACCUAAAGGUCCAGUGAUGGAGGUCCCUACAGACAGUCCGCUAACAGAUGAAAUGGCCCAUUUCUACUUUAGGGAUGUCAUCCUAGGCAUUGAAUACUUGCACUAUCAGAAAAUCGUACAUAGAGACAUCAAACCCUCAAAUCUGUUGCUGGGGGAGGAUGGGCACAUCAAGAUAGCAGAUUUUGGUGUCAGUAAUGAGUUUGAGGGGAGUGAUGCUCUCCUGUCCAACAGUGCAGGAACACCAGCUUUCAUGGCACCCGAAACUCUGACUGAUCGGGACCUGAGAUUCAGUGGAAAGGCUCUAGACAUAUGGGCAAUGGGAGUGACGCUGUUUUGUUUCGUCUUUGGAAAGUGUCCUUUUCAAGAUGAAUACAUCUUAGGCCUGCAUGGAAAGAUUAAGACUAUGGCAGUGGAGUUUCCAGACAAGCCUGUGAUCAGUGACGGGUUGAAGAAUCUCAUUACCAGAAUGCUGGACAAAUCCCCAGAAACUAGAAUCACAUUACCAGAAAUAAAGCUGCACCCAUGGGUGACGCUGGAUGGCACGGAUCUCCUGCCCCUGGAGGAGGAGCACUGCACGGUGGUCGAGGUCACUGACGAGGAGGUGCAGAACUCGGUCAAACUAGUCCCCCGCCUGUCUGCUGUGAUCCUGGUGAAAUCCAUGCUGCGGAAGCGCUCCUUCAGUAACCCCUUCGAGGGCCGCAGGCAGGGCAGGUCCAUGUCUGCCCCUGGAGGUCUGCUCGCGGAUAUGUGUCUGUUUCGCCCUUUAAGCAGAGGGAGUAACAAUAACGGGAGCAAAGAGGGGGAGCUGGAAAACCUCAUUGAGGAUGAAGCUUUUUCCUGAAUUUGCUCAAAUCAUUUGUGAGAUUGGUCCAGUUGUGUGAUUAGACUAUUUUGUUCCAAUCUGCAUUGGAAUUUAUUAUUUUUUUUAAACAAAAUGCUAUAUACUGGACAGCAUGAUGGAAGGGUUUUAAGGUACCUUUAAAAUAAAUAUAAUGCUGAAUCUGGUAAUAAGUACUUUUUAGUAGAGCAAUAUUUGUGUUUCUUUGCAUUUAAGUGCCAAAUUUAAAGAAAAAAAAUAUUUUGAUUUAAAUGCAUAUUUAAAAAGAUAGCCGUGCAUUUGACAUUAGCAUAUAAUAUGGCAGCAGCAGUGAUGACUUUGCUGUGCAGUGGAAAUCAGCAAAACUUUGCACGAGAUGUAUAGUGUAAGUCUAUGUGUUAUAUAAAAGGUCUUUAUGUUGUCUUAUUGUCAUUUUGAGCUCUUCUGUGGUGUCACAGAAUGGACUGUAGUUUGUGUAGCUGGAACGUUACAAAUGUUUAUUUUGCACCAAUUGUGAGUUUGUUUUUCUUUCCUUGACAAAAGUACUUUACUACUAUAUUCACAAUGUGUGGAAUUUACAAUGUGGCUUUUUGUAUCAGAGCUUCAGUCUCGUGAGUAAUACAGGAUGCAGGCAUAUUCAUUUGAUUCGUAUUUAUCAUUAUAUAUAUGCAUAUAUUCAUAUAUAUAAGCAGAGAUCAUAAUAAUAGCAGAAAAGUGCAGCACAAUGGUUUUCUGCUUGGCACCUAAAUCUUUUAAAAGCACUUUACAUUAUGAAACCUUCAGCCUUCAAAUUCAAACACAGUUUUCAGUUUUUAAUGGCCAUUUUAUCUGUUGUCAUUUGAGCUAUUCAGAACAUUACUCACAUUCUCAGUUGAUAGUGAUCUGACUGCAUUUUAAAUUGAUUUCCAUUUCUUCCUGAGUGAUGCUUUACAGCAGUCCAUUGACUUCACUUUGUCAAUAUUCAGAUUACAAGUUGACUCACCUAACAUAUGGUAAGCAUCCAUGUAACAACCUGUCGUCGUAUUUUCCUGGAUGUGCAUGUAUUUUCAAAUUGCAAACAAUUUAGUGUACACUAACCUAAGGUUACUUUUGUUGACUUUGCAAGCCAAAUAUUUCUAACUUGACUUACUUGCAGGGGUAUCAUUAUCUUGCAAUGGUUGAUUAUAGGUUUUUGAUUAAUUCCAAAAGCAUUUUUUCCAAAUUAAGAAUGAUUCACAUGAAAUUGUAUUUGAUUCGAAUAAAAUUAAUUUAAAUGUUUUUUUUUUAAAUCACUUUCUCUUAUGCAUCUAGUGCAAAAUUUUUUUUUACUUUAUUGCAACAAAUGUAAUUUGAAAAAGCAUUAUACAUACAUUAUAUAUAGUUGAGGUAAUAAGAUACCCUUGCAAAAUCUGCAAAAUGAUAAAGAUAGUUUAGUUUUUAUUUAGUAUUUUAAUUUAAGCAUGCUCUGUUCUUUCUUUUGCAUGAAAAUUGCAUGUUGAGAUAUUCAAACAUCAAUGUUUUGAGAAAUGUAUCAAAAAUCCUG